AGAAAUCAGCCGGCCGCUUCCAGUGACAGGCGGAACAUAAUGUUGACCACCACGUAAACGGAUGUUUCCACCGUCAACGUAAAUGUAUGAUGCAGUAGCAAGAGAUCGGUGUCGGUAAUGUUGUCGGUGUAACGGGACAUGAGGAAGUUAAAAAAACACAAGUCGAGCACAGAUGGCCGGGUGAAUGGACACGCUUCAAGACACGGAGAGCCGGAGUCGUGGAGGAGACAGAAGCUGUGUGAGAUCCAGCAGGCUCUGGACAGCGACCCGGUGGACAUUGAGACCCUGAGGACUGCUGCCGCCUCUGAGGGAGGUCUCCUAAACGAUGAUAUCAGGAGGAAAGUGUGGCCCAAGCUGCUCAAUGUCAAUAUCUACAGCCUGCCCCCCAAACCUGGCCGGGAGGUGAGGCAGAACCAUAAGGACUACAACCAGGUUGUGAUGGACGUGCGCCGCUCGCUCAGACGCUUCCCCAAAGGCAUGCGUGCUGAGGAGCGUGCGGUUCUCCAGGAGCAGCUGGUGGACAUCAUCCUGGACGUUCUCCUCAGGAACCCGCCGCUCCACUACUACCAGGGCUUCCACGACAUCGCCGUCACCUUCCUACUGGUGGUCGGCGAGCGGAUGGCCAUACCCAUGGUGGAGACACUGUCCAAUCACCACCUCCGGGACUUCAUGGAUCCUACCAUGGACAGCACCAAACACAUCCUCAACUAUCUGAUGCCUCUCCUGGAGCAGGUGAACCCAGAGCUGCACACCUUCAUGACCCGGGCUGAAGUUGGCACCAUCUUCGCUCUGAGCUGGCUGAUCACAUGGUACGGCCACGUCCUAUCAGAGUUCAGACACGUGCUGCGUCUCUACGACUUCUUCCUGGCCUCUCACCCUCUCAUGGCCAUCUACUUUGCUGCCACGAUUGUGCUACAUCGUCAGGAGGAGGUGCUGGAGUCAGAGUGUGACAUGGCGAUGGUGCACCAUCUCCUGUCCCAGAUCCCUCAGGACCUGCCCUACCAGCUCCUGAUUGGACGAGCUCAGAGCCUCUUCAACCAAUACCCUCCCUCCUUACUGGCCCAGCGUGCUGCGCUGCAGUCUCGCAACAGCAUCACCAUCGGAUCCUACCAGGCGUUCCAGAGGAGCCGGCAGCUCCAGAGACCAGACCGGGUGCUGCGGGGGAGGGGGGGCGGGGGGCUGCAGGGGGCCAGAGGGCCAGAGGCGGGGGGCAGCCAGCUGGUGGUGAGGAUGGCAGUGUGGGGCAUCUCUGCCACCCUGGGGGCAGCAGCCUUGGCCGUGGCCCACACCGCCCUGAACUGGUCACCUGACUUCCUCAUGCAGCUGUUCUGAUGAAGCCUCCUUUCCUCCUCCUCAUUUCUCUUCCUUGCCUCCUCUCCCCCUCUCUUCCUGGGAGGUAAAGACUUCCUCAUCAUGCUGCUGUGAUGAAGAUGGACCUGGAGCCAGGUCCAUCUCCCCCCCCCGUGGUUUUGGGCAUGAUGAUGUCCUACUGGCCAUUGGCAUGGUGAGGACCUACUGGCUGUGGUCAGGCGAAGGACCAGGUGCCAGGUUCUGAUUGGACAGCCCUCGCUGCUGUGAUCCCACUGCCCAAUCAGACAGCCUUCAUAAGGCCUGCAGCUGUAGUCACUGUUCACUGACAGUUAUGGUAGGUCAGGAAGGUCAUCCAUUUACAAAAGAACCAACAGAAGGUUCUGGAACGUUGGGACGAUGUUUUAGACCAACACGUGUUCUCUACACAACCAUAUUGGUGUGGAGGGGAUUCUUCUUUUUUUGUGGUGAAAAACAUGUCAGGUCAAUAGGGGUGAAGGAGUACCGAUUGUUAUGUUGUUUACCCGGACAACUUUCAUUAUGCAGCUUUUAUGUAGAGAAAGAUGUAGAUACACAGAGUGCCACAGGGCAUCAUAGCCAGCCAGGCAAGUCGAGCAUAAAAGAACAAUCUAUAUUUCCGUCUCGAACGUCAUAUCCUAGGGUGUGGGGAAGGCUAAUGUGAAGCUGUCUGGGCACUGUGCUCAGUAAAACAAGACACGCAGCUUGCUCGCUCACGUCUCCUCUCACAGCAUCACAGCUUCAGGAUCACAAGAAGUCGGGAACACGCCGUCAAAAGAACACGUCGAGGCCCUUUGUACUGCAGAGUCCUGUGUCUUGUACCCUGCUCUAGGGACGGGAAGAUUCACCGAUUCGCAUCGGUGCACAGGCACUGAAGUUCGCAAUGCGAUUGGCCCAAAUGUAAAAAGUGUGCACCAAAUACAAUUUGGCCGCAGCUGUAGGUGCAUCAUUUCCAAUCGUAUUUAUUUAUAUUCAAUUAGUAGUGGAGGCCUUGUGCCAUUUAUUUAGAAAGGUGAUCAGGAC